AGCAAGAUGGCGGCGCAGCAGCGAGAUCGUGAGGGCGGCGCGCAAUUGGCUGGGUCCGCGGCGGCGGCGGCGGCGGAGGCCGACCCCCUGGCCCGCUUCACGUGUCCCGUGUGCUUGGAGGUGUACGAGAAACCGGUGCAGGUGCCCUGCGGUCACGUCUUUUGCUCUGCAUGCCUGCAGGAAUGUCUGAAGCCGAAGAAGCCCGUCUGCGGGGUAUGCCGCAGCGCUCUGGCCCCUGGCGUCCGAGCCCUGGAGCUCGAGCGGCAGAUUGAGAGCACAGAGACAUCUUGCCAUGGCUGCCGUAAAAAUUUCUUCCUAUCCAAGAUCCGGGCCCACGUGGCUACCUGUUCCAAAUACCAGAAUUAUAUCAUGGAAGGUGUGAAAGCCACCACUAAGGAUGCAUCUCUUCAGCCAAGGAAUAUCCCAAACCGUUACACUUUUCCUUGCCCUUAUUGUCCUGAGAAGAACUUUGACCAGGAAGGACUUGUGGAACACUGCAGAUUAUUCCAUAGCACAGAUACCAAGUCUGUGGUUUGUCCGAUAUGUGCCUCGAUGCCCUGGGGAGACCCCAACUACCGGAGUGCCAACUUCAUAGAGCACAUCCAGCGCCGGCACCAGUUUUCUUACGACACUUUUGUGGAUUACGAUGUUGAUGAAGAGGACAUGAUGAAUCAGGUGUUGCAGCGCUCCAUCAUGGACCAGUGAGCAGCCUCUGCUGUGUGUCUCCCAUUCCAGAGCUUCCACGUGAAACUUUGGACUCAUACACCUUCAAUGUACAACAGACCUGGAAGUGAUCCGUGGCAUUAAGGACAGGGCCCUUCUGACAGGGGAAAUAAGGGCCCCAGGUCAGAGCCUCUCUUUCCUCUGGGCUCUUACCAAAGCUUUCUUCCCCUGCCAUUAACCUUGUUUAUCACGCGGUCUAGUCUUAUAAUCCUCCUAACCCUCAGCUACUUGGCUGGAGCUUCUGCCUCGUCUUCUGGAAGAGAAUCCAGCCUCUCCACCGCCACCUGGUCUUGUUUCACACUUGUUCCUGCAGUCCGGUGUUCAUCUCUCAGGUCCUCUGAGCCAGCCGGGACCUUUUCUGGGUCACAAAUAGCACAAAUGAGACAAGUGUCUCCUUGGCCUUGAGGUGUGUGAGCUCUGGCAGCCGUGCGGCUGGGCAUUGGUGAAGCUCCCGGUGCUAGAAGCUGGGCAGUCCUGUUGGGUCUGAUGCUGGAAAGUUUGAUUAGGGAUAUUUACCUCCUCCUGCACACCUUUAGCAUUAACUGGUUCAGUCUUAAAUGCCUGCAUGGUGCCUUUUUAGGAUAAGGUGUAACCAUAUAUUUUUAGUAAAAGUAAAUGUUCUUAGGUUAGGAAAGUUAAAGCCCAUGGUAUCCAUAAAUGGGGAGGAGGGUCAAAACUUUUUGCUUUUGAUUUUCAAACUAAUGAGCUGUUUUCGUAUGACCGCGUCAGGUUUACCUCUUUAUUUGGGGGUUUGCUUACAGUCUUGUUCUUGAAACAUGAAAAGGAGUCCAGAAUAAGAAGGAAGAGACAGGGCUACACGGGUAUUGGUUCUUUUAUCUUCUAUUUAGUGACUUAUAUUAAACUGAGCAUUGUUUUUCUGUCACAGAUGGUUUCCUUGUGAACCUGGUUUCAGUGUGUAAAUUGGUGUGUGAAAACCUUCCCUCCAAAUGCAGAGAGAGGUUAUAGGCAAUCUGAUAUCACACCCUGUUGCCUCUUGUGACAAGACGAACUAUUCAUAAAGGAGACAAUCUCCCAAUGAACAGUUGUUGAUAAAAGCUGUCUACUAGAAACUCACUUUGGUAACAAGCCCCAAGUUCAGGAUAGUUCACGAAUAUUAAUAAAUAUAAGGCUAAAAUGCUUGUAAGCCUAUUUCUCUAGGAGCAGAAUAUCUGGUCAAGCAAAAGGCAUAUGACAUUAGGUCCUUUUUUUUUCAUGUCAAACAUUUCUAGCCUGAAUGUGGAGAUGUUUCUAGUCAGCGGCCAAGCUUACAAUAACAGAAGUGCUUUGGCCUGUAUUCUGCCACCACGGGCUUCCCUACCUGCCAGUGAGGAGCUGCAGGUGCCUGACAGCUGGUGAAGACGGGCCUGUAAUAACUUCCUCAUGCGCUGUUGCAUGGGAGGGCCACGGCGUUAAGGUCAGCUUCUUCACUGUAGUUUCUAGAGAACGUUCACUCAGGCCUCCCCAAGUUGAGAUCCUCUCUGUAAAGUCUGGAGGGGAAUUGGACAGAACCUGUGUUUGAGGGACCCGAUCAGAGCACAUCCAUCUUGCUGGUGGUUCAGAGAAACUUAUUUUCUUGUAUUAAGUGCACUUCAUGUAUUUCUAAUAAGAUGACUUUCCAGAAAGUGAAAUUUGUUAUGUUCUGGCUUUUAAAAGGUGAAAUAAAAAUAAAUUUCAUAAUUUAUCCAACUGGUAAGCGGUAA